UGCCGAUAGGCACAAAUACGUACUUUAACAUGAAUUCAUCCAUCCACCACAUGGGAGCGUGAUGGCCGCUCCGCCGAAAAGUUAUUACCCUGAAGCCGGCGACUGAGAUCAGUUCCGUCGGGCACUCUAGAUAACAUUCUCCCCUUCAUUUCCGGUUAUUAGGUCAUUCCAGUCUCAUGGACAUUUAGGCGACGUGCAGGAACUUGGAAGGCUCUUUGGCGAUAGGUGUCUUGUCAAUCUAUCACCACGAGAGUUUCUUCUUGACUGCCACCUGAGGCUCUACCAGCGAGAGCAGGUACAAUACCAACUUCGAAUCCCAUCGACGCCUUAAACCCAAUCUCCGCCAACUCUCUUCGAGCCCGAUGGACCCCGUUGGCCCGAUUCUGGCCUGCUUGAUGGAGGCAGCACUUUAUGGGGCGUACGUCGCUCUUUUCUGUUGGAGUCUCUGGAUUUCCAGCGGGAACAGCACUGUCCCUCGAUUCCUACGCAUAACAUCUUUUGCUGCAGUUGCACUAGCUACAACCCAUGUCGUGAUUAACUUUCUUUGUUUAUGGCCUUUUAUGGAUUAUUUGGAGCAGUAUGGUGAUGUCGCUGCUUCGUACCUGAAUUUGACUACGGUGGACCAGCCCGAAUCUUUCUCGUGGUUGACGGCUGCUUUACCCCCUGCUCACAAAGAGUCGGUAUACAUAAUUUUGGGGGACGUGAUCUUUAUUUCAACGGUUGUUUUGCAUGACUUUGUUCUCAUAUGGAGGCUUCAUGUGGCGUGGAACAGGACAUACCUUAUCUGUAUCCCCUCAGUGAUACUGUUGCUGGCGAGCGGUGGUGAGAUAGCCUCCUAGUAUUCUCAGGUUGGCAAUUUCAAAACUGCUUUCUUUUUUGGCCAUUGCAGCACUAUCGUAC